AGGAAGUACAGAGACAGAAGUCCGAGAGAAACUCUGCUCUCACAUUUUAAUGAACUGUUACUUGUCUUUCUCCUCUUUUCCUUCUGCAUUAUUAGAAAUGUAAAGUUAAUGUUUUAUUUUAAAACUAAGCGUCAGAGUUUCAUUGUCGUUUUGGAUGUGAAGAUGGACCAAACCUUGCGUUGUGUGCUGGGUUUUUUCUUGCUGAAUUUGAUCCCCCACGGAUUGGCUCAAGGUAACCGUCCCCGUGUGACCAUUACAUCCAACUGGCCUGAAACAUUCUGGGCUGAGACGCUCACUCUCAGAUGUGAGAUUGAGGGAGGUGGAGACUCUGAAUGGACGUUUGGAUGGAGAAGAGACAGAACAUCCAGCUCAGACAAACAUACAGCAGACAAUAAAUACAUUAUUAGCCAAGCCACUGAUUCUGACAACGGAGACUAUCAGUGCUCAGGCAGAAGGGGAUCCCCUAAUUCUACCUUCACGCCUUGGAGUGAACCCUUCAAAUUGACUGUAACAACAAGAAGACCAAAGGCUGAACUGAGAGCUGAUAAGACAUCAAUUCCAGCAGGGGGCGCUGUGACUCUGACCUGUGAUGUGAACCCUCCAUCAUCUGGCUGGACGUACAUCUUGUACAGAGGAGAUCACCCGGGCACACAAGAUGAUGAUAAAAAGUUCAAUGGACGAAUCAUUGUCUCCAAGGGAGGAGUCUACAGGUGCAGAGGAGAGAGAGGAGAACCAGUUUACUACACAGAGUACAGUGAUUCAGUCACUAUCAACAUCAUUUUAUCAAACAGAGCUGUUGUGACUCUUCAGCCCCAUUGGACUGAGAUACACAGCGGAGAGAAGAUCACUUUGAGAUGUGAAAUCGAGGGUGGAGACGACUCUGAGUGGGAGUAUGAGUGGAAAACAACCAGCUCUGAUAGAUCUGUAAGACAAAGUGAAUCCUUUGAAAUCACUGCUACUUCUCACAGUGAAGGAGAAUACAAGUGUAAGGGAAAACACAAAACUGAGGUACUUUCUUCAACACCAUGGAGCACUCCAAUCAGAUUGACAGUAUCAGCACAAAAACCAAAGCCUGAGCUGAAGGCUGAUGACACAGAUAUUCCAGUAGGAGGUUAUGUGACCCUGACCUGUGAUGUGAGCUCUUCAUCUGGUUGGCAAUACUACUUUUGGUACAGAGCAGAUAAAUCCUCUAACUCAUCAUCCAUAAAUGAAGUCUCCUCGGCUGGACAAAAGCGUGUCUCAAAGGAAGGACUCUACUGGUGUAGAGGAGAGAGAGGAAACCAAGUUUACUACACAGAGGACAGUAAUACAAUUCAGUUACAUCAUCUGGCUGGACGUACAUCUUGUUCAGAGGAGAUCACCCGGGCACACAAGAUGAUGGUAAAAACUUCAAUGGACGAUUCAGUGUCUCCAAGGGAGGAGUCUACAGGUGCAGAGGAGUGGAGAGGAGAAACAGUUUACUACACUUAUUACAGUGAUUCAGUCACUAUCAACAUCAUUUUAUCAGACAGAGCUGUUGUGACUCUUCAGCCCCAUUGGACUGAGAUAUACAGCGGAGAGAAGAUCACUUUGAGAUGUGAAAUCGAGGGUGGAGACGACUCUGAGUGGGAGUAUGAGUGGGAAACAACCAGCUCUGAUAGAUCUGUAAGACAAAGUGAAUCCUUUGAAAUCACUGCUACUUCUUACAGGGAAGGAGAAUACAAGUGUAAGGGAAAACACAAAACUGAGGUACUUUCUUCAACACAGUGGAGCACUCCAAUCACAUUGACAGUAUCAGCACAAAAACCAAAGGCUGAGCUGAAGGCUGAUGUCACAGAUAUUCCAGUAGGAGGUUAUGUGACCCUGACCUGUGAUGUGAGCUCUUCAUCUGGUUGGCAAUACUACUUUUGGUACAGAGCAGAUAAAUCCUCUAACCCAUCAUCCAUACAUGAUGUCUCCUCGGCUGGACAAAAGCGUGUCUCAAAGGAAGGACUCUACAGGUGUAGAGGAGAGAGAGGAAACCCAGUUUACUACACAGAGGACAGUAAUACAAUUCAGUUAAAAGAAAAUACGGUUGCAAACAAGGCUGUCGUGACUCUGCACCCCAACUGGUCUGAAAUCUUUAAAGAGUUGAUUACUCUAAGAUGUGAGAUAAAGGAUGGAGACGACGCUGAGUGGGAGUACGAGUGGAAAACAAGCAACUCAUUCAAACCUCCAAAGGAAAAGGAAUACAGUAUUGGACCUGCUGAUACAUCACACAGUGGAAACUACAGUUGUAAGGGCAGAAAAAAAAGUGACCAGUCUCCAACAGGUUGGAGCGAUCCCAUCACAUUAACGGUUUUAUCCAGUUCACCCCAGCCUGUCCUCACCGUGUCUCCACUCUGGCUGAGUCCUGGAGACUCUGUGACUCUGAACUGUGAGGUUAAACACCCAUCAGCAGGAUGGAGGUUCUACUGGUAUGAAGCUAUUCCCAAACUAUCUGACAACUCCUACAACUACCAGCUGCUAUCUGGAAGCAGAGAUGGAACUGAAAAGUAUUCCUUCAUUGUUCAUGGACAGACACACACAGCAGGAUAUGUGUGCAGAGCUGGAAGAGGAGAAAUGAACACUCCUUAUAGUGAACCAAAGUUUGUCUGGUCUGGAGAUUUGCCUUCAUCAGCAUCUCUCACAGUGAGUCCUGAAAGAGCGCAACACUUCAUCUCUGAUUCUGUCUCACUGGAGUGUAAGGGGAACUCUACUCAGUGGAGAGUGAAGUUUCAAGAGGACAGCUCCCUUGCAGAUUGCUCCCUGUGGGAUAAAAUGACUGGAUCAACAUGCACAAUAGAGGAAUACAGAUCGAGAAAUAAUGUGUACUGGUGUGAGUCUGGAUCAGGGGAGUUCAGCAACGCUGUCAACAUCACUAAACAGAGUAUGUUUUUAUUACAUUUCUUAAAGUUUUUAUCUUUCAGCAUCCAAGUAUUCAAUUCAACAUCAUUCAGUUACACGUUAUCUCCAUCGACAUUGAGAAAGUAUGAAAUUAUCCUGGUGAGCCCUGUCCAUCCAGUGACUGAAGGAAGUUCAGUUAUUCUUAGCUGCAGAUUGAGAAGCUCAGAUAUUGUUUCCAAUGUGUUCUUCUAUCAGAAUAACAAACUCAUUCAAAAUGAUACCAGAAAGGAGCUUAAUAUCUCUGCUGUGUCAAAGUCUGAUGAGGGCUUCUACAAGUGUCAGACCUCAGGGAGAGAGUCGUCUCAGAGUUGGAUGUCAGUAAAAGCGGUGUCCAGGCUUGGGAACCCUUCAUAUCUUUUAAUGCUCAUGAUUGUCGGGUUGAUUUGUGGAGUAGUACUUAUAAUUCUUCUGCUCCUGUUGUAUCGCUGCAGGCAGUCAAAGGAUUCAUGCCUUAUCAGGUCAAUCCAGGCUGAAAGCACCAACCAGGACUCUGCCACAAAUCCGGCCGCUCAGCAUCAUAUAUACUCAACUCCCCUGCAGGGUGAUGCGUGUCAUUAUGAAUCAAUCAAAGGCCCUGAAGACACCGCACAUGAUGCAAACCAGUCCCAGUCCCAUGAUGUUACAUAUUCUCUGAUCGAGCUCAAAAACAUCGGAAAGAAAGGGAAGAAACCUGAACCAGACAGCACGAUUUAUUCUGAUGUGAGGUUAGAAACAGAAGAUCCAUCUGUCCUUUAUUCUCAAGUCAGCUGCCAUAAUCCAGGUAAAGCCAAGAAAAACAAAGGAAAGCCAACUCCUGCGAUAACUGAAGAAUCGGUUUACUCUGAAGUCAAACGAGAUCAAUAAAGUUCUGUAUCUAUAGACGUAAGGAAUGGAUGGCAACAUGAAAAAAAGACAAGUCUUGGCUUGAUUAGUAUUUGCAGCUGUCAUGUGAUAAUUUUGUGCUCGUGCUUGUAAAUUAUUAAAAGUAUUCGGUACAGUAAGUAGCAUAGAAAAUAAAUUUAAUUGUGUAUUUAUUUUGUAUUCCUGAAAGUUUGGUUGAACAUUUCAUGCAUCGAUUAACUUCUUUCACUAGUAAGCUGUGAGCAGCGUUACCCGCCUUUAUUUGGGACAGGGCGGAUCAUUUCUUUGGUCAUUUUCUAAUGUUUGUGAUGCAAUGACAAAGUAGAAAAGGAAGAUAUAAGACCUGAGGUGUCUCAUGUAUCUGUCACAUUAGAAAAGAACUGAUUCAUCAGAUUCAAGUUUAAAUGUGACAUAUGUCUCUUCAACAAAGUUAUAGUUGUACACAAAGUGUUUGUAAAGUUGAAUUGUUACGUUCCACAUGUUUUUGUUUUGUUAGACUAAGUUACAUUUCAUUUGAACUACUUGUAUCGUGCUGUAUCGAGAGCAGAAGAUUUUAUCCACGAGGAAUAGUAUUUAAAAAUGAGAACAUAACCAGAGUAUAAAAAUCUCUACUCUGUUUAGCGUUAAGCUAACCACUUAGCAUAUGCUGUUAUAGCCUGUUUUCUGUUUUUUAUUUUUUUAGAUUUUGAAUAAGUUCAUUUCAUUUUCUGUUCUUUACCUUAGUGCUACUAUAGUUUGUUGUAUUCAAACAAAAGCCUUUCAUACAAUAUUUGAGUUUCAAUGGUUAUUGGUGAACAUGUCUGUACAGAUUUCUGCCAUUUCAAUAAAAUUGUAUUUUUAAGAUAUCCUG